CUCAUUCGAAGAUUAAUUGCAGAAAAACGGCCUUGACUUGUCUGUACAAUCAUAAGUUACGUUUAUGGUUUGCCCUGAAACAGAUGUUCCAAUUUGAUUAUUUAUCUCCUUAUAAUAUAUUUUAUUUUCAUCAUAAUUUCAAAAAUAAUAACGUUAAUUUACGAUUGACGAAAAUUAGCAAAUAUCGCAAGUAAUUUGUUAAAAAUAAUAAUUACUCUUUAAACGUGUGAUAAAAUAUAUAAAUAAAAAUUGUUAUUGCCUUGAGUUAAAUUUACGUGGAACAAAGUACUUUGUAAAUAACCAUAUUAUUUUUGGAUCGGUUUUAUUAAAAAUAUAUAAGAAUUUUAAAAAUGAUAAAAAAAAUAUUAAAGUAAAUGAUAGGAUCGAUUUAUUAAAUAUUGUAUGAUAUUUUAAUAAAAUAAUAAAAAGAAAUAGUAGCGAUCGAAUAAAAUGAAAUUAUAAUUAUUUGGAAUCGUAUAUAUUGCGCGUGGUAUCGCGCUAGUUUGUUACGCUCCUGAGCAUAAGUCUCUACUAGGGGUGCUUGCCCUGUGGAUGAACGUAAGUUGGACAGUAGUCUAGUGCCCUGAAAGACGGCGAUAACGUCGGCAUACGCGAAUAGAAAGUAAAAUAUUUCGUAUAAUAGUUUAAAUGUCAUCGGAUAUUUAUAGAAUCGAAACGCAAGAUGCGGAAAAUUUCCCGGCUUGCGGAUCGCAGAACAUGGACAUUGCGAGGGCCUACAAUUACCUCUUCGAGGAGAUAGCAGAUCCCAGAGUGGCAAACUUUCCUCUGAUGCGAGAUCCGUUUCCAAUGAUGUUAAUCCUGCUUGUUUAUCUAGAGUUCGUUCUUCAUAUUGGACCUCGUUAUAUGAAGCAUCGGAAACCUUACAAACUGAAGAACUUUUUGAUUAUCUAUAAUUGUCUGCUAGCGAUCGCAAGUGGAGUCACGUGCUAUGGAAUUCUAACGUCUGGUUUUACGACGAAUCUUUCUCUAGGAUGUGAACCUUGUAGUAUAUCUUAUGAUGCCGAACCUCUUAGGAUGGCUAGUUGGGUUUGGCGAGUAUUUAUAUUGAAGGUAGUCGAAUUAUGCGACACAAUCGUUUUUGUUCUUCGAAAGAAAUAUAAUCAGACAUCUUUCCUUCAUAUCUAUCAUCAUAGUACGACGGUUAUAAUGGCAUGGAUGGUUUGUAAAUAUGUUCCAGGUGGCAUGUGGACUUUCAUAAUAAUACCAAAUUGUAUCGUGCACGUAUUCAUGUAUACUUAUUAUCUACUGUCUGCUCUCGGACCAGGAGUAACAGAGAAGAUUAUGCCGGUGAAAAAAUAUAUCACGAAACUACAAAUAAUACAAUUCAUUAUUAUGCUGUUGCACACAGGUCAGGCACUGAUGCCCUCUUGCGAUCCAAAUAGAAAAUUUGUUGCUUGCUUAUAUACGAUGCAAGUAAUUAUAAUGUUAUAUAUGUUCUGGGGAUUUUAUAAAAAGUCUUAUACAAGAAAGAAGCUGGAAUGAGAGAUCUUCAAUGAUCGAAUGAAUAAAAUAUAAGGUCAUUAGAAAUUUCUUACGUGGGAUAAUAGGUGGAUUUUGCACCUAUAUUAAUAUUUAUAUAUCGCAUAAGGAUAAUUAUAUAUGAUUUAUAAUUAAACGCAUUUUUUUUUGCAAAAAUACAUAAGACUAUUCGUAAUAAUUAUUAUAUAAUAAUAAUUAAUGCGAAUAAUUAAUAUAAUUAAUUAUUAUAUUAAUAACCGAUAUAUAUAUAUAUAUAUAUAUAUAUAUAUAUUUUGUAGAAUGGUGCUUUUCCAUUGCAUUGAUCUUAAAAACGAAAUCCUAUAAGACUAUUUUAUAUUUUAUUAAUGGUACCUGUAACUAUUGAAAACUUUGUCAUUAUUUUAUUUCGUCUUAUUUUAUGAUGGACAAUGUCAGAUCGAGCAAUGUUAGUCUUGUGCACAUUUAUUUAAACUAUAAGAAACGUAAAGCUUAACCGAUCAGUUAUCAUUUAUUAUUUGAUAAUAUAUUAUAACUCAUAAUAUAUUCUCAGCAUUGUAUGAUUAAUUCUUUACAAUAAUUCUCUAUCGUAUCGUAUAAAAUAAUUAAUACGAAUAGUCAUAGAUAUUUUUACAAAAAAAAAAAAACAAAAAACAACAAAACAAAAAAAUAAAAUGCGAUCAAUUAUAAAUCAUAUAUAAGAAUAUGAUUAUCCUUAUGCGAUUAUAAGUGUAAAAUAUUUCGAAAUUGCUGAGAAUAUAUGAGAAAGAAAUAGACUGGCGAAACAAUAUUACGUUUAUUAAUUAAUAGCUUUUUAUUUAAGCUCAUGUACGAUUGCGGAUAUAUUGGUAUAAACUGCAGGAAGAAGGGUUAGGGCUUAUAUAGGACUCCAUCGCUUUCACGCUCUGAAAUUAGCAUAGCGGAUUAGUGUGUUCGUGGCUUUAAGUCGACACGCAUGGGCUACCACCGAUAAGAGUUUAUUAACGUGAAAGUGUAUUUAUCUCGACCCUCGAGGUCUUGCGGGGUCCUCUGCGUUGUAUAUUCUUUAAUUUUCUCUUCCCUUCGGAACCAUCUAAUCGCGCUCACGCACUAGCUUUUUUUUUUCUAAACAGUGUAUUUUAACUUGCAAUUCGUUUCUCCCAUAAUAUAAACUAUUAAAUAACAUUUAAAAUAAAUAAUUUCGUAUAUGCUCUUGAAUCGACGAUGUUGAACACAUCGUUAAAAUAGUAAUGACGUAUAAACGUUAUACGAAUAUACGACGUGAAAUUUUCUCUAGCCAGAUAAGAUGUCUUAUAUAUUUGAAUAAUUGACGUCUCUUUACUAUUACAUUUCGACGUAUCUUUUAUUUAAGAAUAUAAUAAGAAUAUUGUUAUGUAUUUAAAUGAUUGUAUAUGUGUAUCCAAAUCUUUUAUUGCUUCCAGCGUGAUGUUCGUUGAAUUCUUUUAUAAAAAUUGAAAAAAAUGUAUCGAAUACUUUUUACAAAUUAAAAAUCUUGGCAAUUGAUAGAAUA